UCCAUAUAAGGGCAGCAGACGGAAGUGCCGUGUGCAAGCCCAACACAAACGCCAAGCGGCUACAUUCACAUAGUAAGCAACAAUAAUCUGGGAUCAGGGGGAAAACACGGGGAACUAAAAUGCUUAAAAGAAUCAAAAAGAAGAAAAACUUCUCUCCUGGUGAGAUCGAAACUUUACUCCUCAACGUGUCCUUAAGAAAAAAAAUCCUGUUUUCAAGUGUGCGCUGUGGAGUCAGCAGUCCAGUCAAGCGCCAAGCGUGGCAGGACAUCACCAGGGCUGUAAACGCUGUGGGUACAGAGCAAAGAACUGUGGGAGAAGUUAAGAAGAAAUGGUCUGAUAUGAAAACUGAAGCAAAAAAACGACUUGCAGCUGCGGGCCGUAGUGAUACGGGCACGGAGAGGGGGCAGGAAGUAAGAGCAACACACGUGGACGAGCGCAUCGGAGCCAUAAUCGGAGGGGUCUGUCUGUCCGGACUGAGGUCCGACCAUCAGGACAAUCAGGACAACGAGCUCCCACAACCAGAAAAUAAAUAUCCGACAGUGUUAGGGAUCAAAAUCGAGGACAUCAAAACCGAGCCUCCGCUACCAAGCUCUGAGGACAUUGACACAGCCGUCUCCAGUUCUCCGUCCACCUCUCAGAUCCAGUCUGGACCAUCAGGUGGAUCAGACACAGGGUCCCUCCUACAGGUUCAGCAGAAGAUCCUGGAGUGUCUUCAACACAUGGCAGGCACGUUUUCACAAAUUAACAACACACUGAAAGAACUUAAUGACACUUUGAAAAACUUAAAAUAGAAUAAAAAUCUUUUUAAAC